UCUCUGGAGGCCUUGGCAUCCCGUGGAGACCAUGCAUCUUUCUCAGAGUUUCCAGCAUUAAUUGUGGCCUGACGUGACACCUCUGUUAAUUGCUGUUCCUGCAGCCACCCGCCUGUCUCCUGUAUGUGACACAUUCCAGUAGAAAUACUUAAAACUCAAGGAUGGAUUUCUUCCUUAACAUUUUCCCUGAGCUCAGAAGUGGAUUAGUUUCCUUUCUUUUCACUUGAAGAGGUGCUGGACUCCACAUUUAACAUUUAUCAUCAUCUAGUUGGAAGGAAAGGAAACAUGACCUGUGCAGAUCUCACACAGUUGCUGUGAGGUUGACUCCCAGCUGCUGGGCCUGAGGACAAGCGUGGGACGAUGUCGGAGGCGCGGCACGACAGCACGAGCAGUUUACAGCGCAAGAAGCCACCAUGGCUAAAGCUGGACAUCCCGGUGCCAGUGCCCCUGCCCGUGCCAGAGGAGCCCCUCCAGCCCGUGCAGCCGACGCGGCGCCAGGCGUUCCUGCGGAGCGUGAGCAUGCCGGCCGACAACAGCCGCGCGCCGUCCCUGCCGCACGACCCCGCCAGGAGAGCGGGGCUGCAGCGCCAGACCUCCAUCACCCAGACCAUCAAGAGCAGGCAGGUUCGGUUUCAGAGGAGUCAGACCCUGCCCGCGGGCGGGCGCCGGGGGGGCAGGAGCUCCCUGCGAAAGCGGCAGUCCCUGCCCCGAUCGUUCUUCAGAGGCACAGCAGACUGGUUUGGGGUGAGCAAAGACAGCGAUGCCACUCAGAAAUGGCAGAGGAAGAGCCUCCGGCACUGCAGCCUGCGCUAUGGGAAGCUCAAGCCUCAGGUCAUCCGGGAGAUGGACCUGCCCAGCCAGGACAACAUUUCUCUGACCAGCACAGAGACCCCUCCUCCUCUCUACGUGGGGCCCUGCCAGCUGGGCAUGCAGAAGGCGGCCGCCGCGCUGGUCAAGGGCCGCUCUGUGAAGGACAGCACCCUGAGGAGGGCCCAGCGGCGCAGCUUCACCCCCGCCAGCUUCCUGGAGGAGGACACGGUGGAUUUCCCAGAUGAGCUCGACACGUCCUUCUUCGCUCGGGAAGGAGUCCUUCAUGAGGAGCUCUCCACUUACCCCGAUGAAGUGUUCGAGUCGCCGUCAGAAGCUGCCAUCAAAGAUGCCGAGGUGAAACCUCCAGAUCAGACAGAUCUCACAGGAGGUGCUUUGGACAAAAAUGAGCUUGAGAGAAGUCAUUUACUACUCCCCCUGGAGCGUGGCUGGAGGAAGCAGAAGGACGGGGCCCUGGCGCAGCCCAAGGUGCGCCUGCGGCAGGAGGUGGUGAGCGUGAGCCCGCAGCGGCGCGGGCAGCGCAUCGCCGUGCCCGUCAGGAAGCUCUUUGCCAAGGAGAAGAGGCCCUACGGGCUGGGCAUGGUGGGCAAGCUGACCAACAGGACCUACCGCAAGCGUAUCGACAGCUACGUCAAACGGCAGAUCGAGGACAUGGAUGACCACAGGCCUUUCUUCACUUACUGGGUCACCUUUGUGCACUCCCUCAUCACCAUCCUCGCUGUGUGCAUCUACGGCAUCGCCCCUGUGGGGUUCUCACAGCAUGAAACUGUUGAUUCAGUCUUGAGAAACAGAGGAGUUUAUGAAAAUGUCAAAUAUGUUCAGCAGGAAAACUUCUGGAUCGGCCCCAGCUCAGAGGCCCUGAUCCACCUGGGGGCCAAGUUCUCCCCGUGCAUGAGGCAGGACCAGCAGGUGCACAGCUUCAUCAGCGCCAAGCGCGAGAAGGAGAAGCACUCGGCGUGCUGCGUGCGCAACGACAAGUCCGGCUGCGUGCAGACCUCGGAGGAGGAGUGCUCAUCCACGCUGGCCGUGUGGGUGAAGUGGCCCCAUCACCCCAGCACGCCGAUGCUGGCAGGGAACAAGAGGCAGUUUGGUUCUGUGUGUCACCAGGACCCCAGGGUGUGUGAGCAGCCAGCCUCGAUGGAGCCCCACGAGUGGCCCGAUGACAUCACCAAGUGGCCGAUCUGCACAAAAAACAGUGCUGGGAAUUACACCAACCACCUCCACAUGGACUGUGUGAUUACAGGCCGGCCCUGCUGCAUUGGGACCAAGGGAAGGUGUGAAAUUACCUCGCGGGAGUAUUGUGAAUUCAUGCGGGGCUAUUUCCACGAGGAGGCGACGCUCUGCUCUCAGGUGCACUGCAUGGAUGAUGUCUGUGGGCUCCUUCCUUUCCUCAAUCCAGAAGUCCCUGACCAGUUCUACCGCCUCUGGCUCUCCCUUUUCCUCCAUGCUGGGAUCCUGCACUGUCUGGUUUCAGUGUGUUUCCAAAUGACGAUCCUGCGGGACCUGGAGAAGCUGGCAGGAUGGCACCGCAUCUCCAUCAUCUACCUGCUCAGUGGCAUCACUGGCAACCUUGCCAGUGCAAUAUUCCUACCCUACAGAGCAGAGGUUGGCCCUGCAGGAUCCCAGUUUGGAAUUCUGGCCUGUCUCUUUGUGGAGCUCUUCCAGAGUUGGCAAAUCCUGGCACGCCCAUGGAGGGCUUUCUUCAAGCUGCUGGCUGUGGUGCUCUUUCUUUUUGCCUUUGGCCUCCUGCCUUGGAUCGAUAAUUUCGCUCACAUUUCAGGAUUUAUCAGUGGUUUCUUCCUCUCCUUUGCCUUCCUGCCCUACAUUAGCUUUGGGAAGUUCGAUUUAUAUAGGAAACGAUGCCAAAUUAUAGUUUUCCAGCUCAUCUUCAUUGCACUCUUCUCAGGACUGGUGAUUCUGUUCUAUUUCUACCCCAUCAAGUGCGAGUGGUGCGAGUUCCUCACUUGUAUACCCUUCACAGACAAAUUCUGCGAGAAAUACGACCUGGAUGCACAGCUCCACUGACAGCAAAGACUGCCUUCUCGAGCAGGCCCUGGAGAUGGACUGUCUUUGCAUUUGCUGUGCCAUGGGGACAAAGCCUCUAAUCCAAUGACACUUCUAACCCUGCCCGUGGUUAAUUUAAACUGUCUCCUUAGCACUUGGCAGGCAUGGUUUGCCUUAUCUCAGAAGACUCUGAAAAACAGAACGUUUGUGCCUUGUUCAAUUGUAUUGAACCUUUUCUGCUGCCAUUAUUUUUAUUACACUAGUUUCAAUACUACAUUUUUAACCAGAGUUGUUUACUACUGCUAAGGUGGUGAUUAAACGGUGAGUAGCGUUUUAGCUACUGUGAAUUGUU